AUGUCUUACACAAUAGCUUUGUUACUAAUGGGAAUGGUUGGGGGGUUAGUAGGGGUUGCCUCAAAUCCUUCACCUUAUUUUGGGGCCUUGGGAUUAGUUCUAGUUUCGGGCACGGGGUGCGGGGUGUUGGCAGGGUAUCAUGGGGGUUUUUUGUCUUUAGUAUUAUUUUUAAUCUACCUAGGGGGUAUGCUUGUAGUUUUUGCCUACUCUGCAGCCUUGGCCGCGGAGCCUUUCCCUGAGGGUUGGCUUAGUUGAACUGUAGCUAUGACUGCGUCGAGCUACUUGGUCGGGCUUAGCAUUUGUUGGUGAGGGUUCUUUGGACACACAGAUCUUCGUCUGGGGGAGGGGCAGGUAAUAGGUGGGUGGGGGGACUCGUCCCAGUUGCGGGGGGAAACAGGGGGCGUAGGGCAUAUAUAUUCUUCGGGGGGGGGGGGCGUGGUAACUUGUGCGGGGGGACUCUUGCUAACCUUAUUCGUAGUUCUCGAGCUAACUCGGGGGCUAGCCCGGGGUACAAUUCGUUCGGUCUAA